GAACUAAAAUUGAUCUAAUAUUGUUGCGUAUAUAUCGUAGAAAAAUAACAGAACGAUAAUGCCAUAAUGACGUAAAAACACUCAAAAAUUGAUCUAAUAAAAUCAAACCGGUUUGAUUUUAUUAGAUCAAUUUUUCGUCGGAAAAAUAUUAUUUCAAAGAAAACCGCCAGCUGCUCACUUUUUUUCGAAACUCACGCUCGGUAUUUCAUUCAUUUCAAAUGUUUUUAUGCACGUAAAGAGAGUAAAUGAAGAGAAACGCAACUAAACAUGUCAGAUAAUUUUGUUUUACCAAGUACGUUUAGAUCGUAUCAAGCCGCAAGGCAAACUGAAUUAAGAUCCUCAAUUCCUGACAAUGACAAUUCGAAGGACACGCAAAAACGGAGUGAACCAGCUGAGGAGAUUGCACAACCUGAAACAGCUGUGGUUGCAAAAAAACGUGGCAGACCUUCAAAAAAGUCAUCCGAAAAAAGAGAUUGGGAUGAUGACGAAAUCUUUGUUCUUAUUGAAACUUGGUCGAAUCACGAUAAUCUCUACAACACAAGAAACAGCCAAUAUUUUAAUCGUGAUACACGACAAAAAUCUCUUGAAAAAAUUCAGAAAGAAUUAGCAGACCAAGGUAUUUUUGCUUCAGUGAAAGAUAUUGCAGAUAAACUCACGAAUCUAAAGACAUACUAUGGUGGUCAAAAAAGAUCUGUCGAAUAUUCAAAGGCCAGUGGCGCUGGAGCUGAUGGUGUUUACGAGAGUAAUUGGAAGUUCUUUCAAGUUUUGCACUUUUUAAAUGAUUCGUUUACUCUAAGAAAAACUUUCAGCAAUGCCGAUGAAAAUUCAACGUACGAGGUCUUGAAUCCACCCUCAGCAAAAAGCGCAAAGAAGAUUCGCGAUUCGAGCAUGGAGACAGCGCAAAAAGUUAUGCAUUCUGCGGCUGCAGCUUUGGAAAAGUUAAAUGAGAAAAGGUCAAACGGAGGAGCUGAAAGGAAAGAAAAAACGGAAGAUGAAGUUUUUUGUGAAUUGCUGUGCAAAAUAUUAACAAGUAUUCCGAAUGGCGAAGAAAGAGACAUGCUUAAAUUGAACAUGCAACAUUCCGCAACGUCACUGAAGUUUAAACGACGUCACUCUUCCUCGUCAAGCAGCUCUGUUUCUUCUUCACCUCUCGGAUCACCUGUGUUUAUGAACAACAGUUACAGCAGUUAUAACAAUGGAUUAUUCCAAUAAAAUAUUUUUGUAUCCGUGUUUCUUUUUCUAGUACAAAGGUAAAAAAAAUACCCAGUAAUA